AAGGAAACUGCAACAACAGCUUGAAGAGCUGUUGUCGCUGCUUUGGCCAAAGCCAAAUCAGUUGUCAAAUGUGUUUGAGACGUUGAGUCGAGUGGCUGGUGAGUGUAUGACUGGAGCCAUUUUAAUGGCAAAGUGAAAAAAAAACAUAAAGAGACCAAUCUAAUUGGAAGAAAAAUUUAUUUCAAGUAGACAAAGUGGUGUGUGAGCACUAAUAAGUAAUUUUCUUACAAAAUGUACGCUUGCAAAGUGGAAUUCAAGUGAGGAUGAGAGACUUCCGACGUGAAAAAGUUACCAUUUGGAAUAAAAGUAAAUGGAAGAAUUAACACAUAUGAAUAGUGUAUGUACGUACAUGUGUACAUAAGUAGCAAAUGUGAAAAACGUAAAAAACAGCGCAAAUUAAACGCGACGAAAAAUCGAUUGUGCUCAAUUCUCCAUGCCAGUGGCAUGACGUGGUGUCAUUCGUCUAGUGAAUGCCAAAAUACAAGCAACCAGUAGCGGAGUGUCCUUUGAACGAAAUAAUAAAUAAAACAUAUGUACAUACAAAAAAUAAUUAAAAAAGCUAUGGAAAGUAAAAGUGACUAAAAACAUUUGAAAUACCGUAAAACCGAAUUUUCGCUGCAAUUUUAUUCAAAUAAGAAUUAAAAAUAGAAACUACUUUUAAUAACCUUAUAUUUACCACGUUUUACGUCCUUGCCGCACGCAUGACUCAUCUAUGUUUUAACUGACCCCCUUUCGUACCAUUGUCGUUGGCUUAAAAAGCAACAAAAAUAAAAAUAUAAGAAUCAGCACAUCAACAUAACGUCUCUUCGCAUUUGGAAAAUGAAAAGUCACAACAAAUAUGCAAAAUUACCCCAAGAUUUAGAUUUAAGUUUCCAAGAACAAUUGGAUGUGGAUGCAGGCGCUUCAGAUGAUUUCAAUUUAGCCGCGGGCAUUGGUUUGGCAGACGAUACGGACGACGAAGAACGUGUCGCAACUACUGGUACAACGGCUGUGGGUCACGCUUUCGACGACGAAGAGGACGAAAUUGUAAUAGCAACAGCUGCAGGCGGUGGUAGUGUAGGAACGCGCGUGAAUGCUGGUAGCGGCGGGACAGCAAAUGUGCGUGUAAACUCGUCAGCGUCUAGGGGCGACAAAAAAGUACAAGGCGGUGUUGCCGUUUGUUUGGGCAGUGAUAGUUUAAUCGAGGUAAGUGGACAUGAAUUCAUGUAAUUUAAACCGUUAUAACUUAUGUAAGAAUAGGUCGAUAGUUGCUGAAGAUUUAGGGGUCCGAAAAAAGUAAACAAAGGUGAAAAGUCUUCUUCGAUAUCCGGUUUGUGUAAUUCAUAUCGUUACCUUAAUAAAGAAAGGCCCUAUCUCACAUCAAUGCUGAAAUACAAAAAGCAGUA